AAACCCUAAUCCAUAACCGACACGUGUCAGUUCCUCCUCCUUGUUUAGCCGCCGCCUAAAAUAAGACACCCCAUAUUACCCACCAUUUCCCUCCCCCUCUCUCUCUCCUCUCUCACUGUCUCUCUCUCUCUGUUUGAUGUCCAUCGGAACGCUAGCUUGCCCCGGCGAGCUUUUCCGGCUACCGAUGAUCUCUUUCCGGGUAAGAUUCUUCGAUACGCUUCGUUCUUGUAUCUAAAAAUGUUAGAUGCAUUCGGUGCGGUUCUUGUCCGAUCCAAGACCUGGUUCCACAGGAGGAAAAAGACGCUGAUUCGUUGAUAUCGACCCCUUUUAAUUAUGGAACUUAUCAAAUCUGUAUCAUAUUUGAAGGCUUCAAUACUGUACAGCAAGCGCAAGUAGUUUUUAUUUUUUUCGAUUUGUAAAUUUUGUACAGAUAGGGUUUGUAGAUAUAACUGGUGCGAGACUGGAGGAGAUUUUGGAUUUGAACGUUGAAAUUUGUGAAGUUUUGAGGGGUUAAAAGGUUAUUUGGAGGUAAUUGGGGUCUGGGUUCAAUCGAAUUGUGUCAAAGUUGGGAAAUUUGAGUCGUUGAGAAGGUGGCUAAGAUGAAUUUGAGCACUGCCGAGGAAGAAUCGGCGCAAGAAAUUCAUAUUCCCGCUGAAAUUGAUUGGCAAAUGCUUGAUAAAUCCAAGUUCUUCUUCCUCGGAGCAGCUCUUUUUUCGGGUGUAUCGGCGACUCUUUACCCUGUUGUGGUGUUGAAAACCCGGCAACAAGUAGCUCAAUCCCAAGUUUGUUGCCUCAAAACCGCGAUUUCAAUGGUUAGGCACGAGGGUUUUAGGGCAUUGUACAGAGGAUUUGGGACUUCUUUGAUGGGUACAAUACCUGCCCGGGCGCUGUACAUGGCAGUGCUUGAGGUAACUAAGAGUAAAGUCGGAACUGCCACGAUUAGGUUAGGUUUUUCAGAGUCCACGGCAGCUGCCAUUGCCAAUGCAGCUGCAGGGUUGAGUGCAGCAAUGGCUGCACAGAUUGUGUGGACUCCAGUUGAUGUUGUGAGUCAGAGACUCAUGGUGCAAGGUGGUGUGAAAUCAAGUUCCAAAUUUCCUAAUGCAUCUGAUUGUAAAUAUGUUAAUGGGAUCGAUGCAUUCAGGAAAAUUAUUAAGACGGAUGGGCCAAGAGGAUUGUAUAGAGGAUUUGGGAUAUCUAUUUUGACAUAUGCACCAUCCAAUGCAGUUUGGUGGGCAUCUUACUCUGUUGCUCAAAGAAUGGUUUGGGGUGGAGUUGGGUAUCAUUUUUGUAAGAAAAGUGAUGAAAGCAAUGAGGAUGGGGUUACCACAUAUACACCGGAUUCAAAAACAAUAAUGGCAGUUCAGGGAGUCAGUGCAGCCAUGGCGGGCGGCAUGUCAGCCCUAAUCACAAUGCCCCUCGAUACGGUUAAGACAAGGUUGCAAGUUUUGGAUGGGGAGGACAAUGGCCGGCGUGGACCAACAAUCGGACAGACUGUUCGGAAUCUGGUUAAGGAAGGUGGAUGGACAGCUUGUUACAGAGGAUUGGGGCCGCGGUGGGCUUCAAUGUCGAUUUCUGCAACCACAAUGAUCACCACCUAUGAGUUUCUCAAACGGCUCUCCACAAAGAACCAAGAGGUUUUGACAUGAUAAACAAACAUGUCGAUUUCUGCAACCACAAUGAUCACCACCUAUGAGUUUCUCAAACGGCUCUCCACAAAGAACCAAGAGGUUUUGACAUGAUAAACAAACAUGUCGAUUUCUGCAACCACAAUGAUCACCACCUAUGAGUUUCUCAAACGGCUCUCCACAAAGAACCAAGAGGUUUUGACAUGAUAAACAAACAUGUCGAUUUCUGCAACCACAAUGAUCACCACCUAUGAGUUUCUCAAACGGCUCUCCACAAAGAACCAAGAGGUUUUGACAUGAUAAACAAACAGUAGAGGAGAUCUUUGUUUAUUCCUGUUUUAUUUUCUGUUAAGUUGUCUCUGUUGUUUUCUCUUCUUCCAUUGCAAUUUGCAACCAAGAAGUUGUUUCUGUUUUUGUUCUUUCUUACCUGCACACACUUGGUUGAUCAAAUGUAAUACAAUGCAGGAGUAAAUAUGUUAUUUUCAAUAUAGAUCUUAUGCAGAAGUUGAACC